AAUUUUUUUUAUUAAGGGUAAGGUACCCUAAUAUGGACCACCGGCCAAUUUCGCUGGUUUUGAGCACCACCUGGCGGAAACAAAGGUAAUCUGAUGUAUUUUUCACCGAAAAACACAACGAGACAAAAAUCAAAGCCCCAAAGCCAAAAUUCUCAAAGCUGGACAAAAAAAAACGAAAUUGAUAAGGUCAACAUUUUUUCCAUGUAUAACGAAAAUCGCGGUUCUUGAAAAAUUCUACGGAAAAAAAUGUUAGGAUGUGAUUUAUUUUUUUAAUUUUGAAAAGUGCCACAGUUUUUUUAAUUGAUCGAGAUUUUCAUGUAAUUGUUCAAUGUAAGUUUAGUUGAGAUUUUUCAAAAAUCAAAAUUACAGGGUAGCCAAAUAUAGACUAUCUGUAGAUUUGCUACGGGUUAGACAAUUUCACGUCAAGGUAGUCCAUAUUGGGGAUCCAAAAUUGACUUCUCAAUUUUUGACUCUUAUCAGAAAAGACAUACUUGGAAUUUGCUCUCAUUGUCUUGAUUAAACAUAUUUUAACGUUGUUUCAGUAACCAAACAAAUGUUUUAACGACAUUGCAGCGUUUUUUUUUUUUAAUUUUGAAGUGGUCCAUAUUAGGAACCCAAAAUUGACUUUUCGAUUUUUGACACUUUUCAGAGAACAAUUUUUUUGACAUACUCGAAAUUUCUCGAAAAUUUUCAGGCUUUGGAAAAUGAUUUUGGGUACGAGAAUUAUCAAAAAUGGUCAAAAUUCGAGCAGAAAUUGAAAUAUCUGCAGGAAAAGUGUUUUCUAAAUAUUUUUUAUAAAUAUUAAACUAAAAAUUGAGGCAAGUUUUUGAGUUGGUUAUAAAAAUUUUUGGGGUUUUCUAAAAAUAUAACCCAAUUUUAUAAAUUGAAUGGAGCUUUUUCGAAAAUUCAAGUCAUUUUUUGGAAAAAAAUGAAAAAUUGAAAGUUUGCGAACGGUAAACGAAAAAAGGUGAAAUUUGGUUUGUAGCUCAAUUUUUGACCCCCCCCCCCCUCCCCUGCCGAAUUUUAUUUUCACCUCGUUUAAUCUCGAAAUUUUUUAGAGGCUUCAGAAACGAUUUGAAACCAUUACCAACCAACUCAGGAAAUCGGUGAGCGAGUUCAAAUCAAAUUUCAUUUUUUUGUCAUUGAUUAUUUCAUAAAAAAUGGACCAUUUUUUAAUUUUUAAAAACUGACCAAAAAUCUUGGAAUACAUUUCAAUGCCUGAAAUUUUUACUAGUGACAUGUUUUGGGGGUCUUGUUUCGAUUCCCCUUUGCUCAAUUCUAUAUGUAGGCAUCAUUUUGAGGAUCAUCAACCCUUCUUAGGUGGAUGUUCUCUACCUUCUGAACUUCCUAGAUUUCAUUGUGCUUGAAAGAAGCAGCAGUUGAUUGACAGGCUGGCGUUGAUGGAAUCAAAUUUUCAACCUAUGGUACAUUUCAGGUUGUUCUUAGCUCUUGAACUAAAAUGCUUUUGAAGUUGGUGAUCCUUUUUCCUAUAAAAAAGUCGUUAUUUAUUCAACACCCUGUACCUGUAUUGAAUGACUAAAAUGCAGGUACGCGUUCAUUAACGCUUGUAGGCUCAACUCGGAAGUACCCAGACCUAAGUAUGUAGAUUGCUAUCGAUCGAAUUCGGUUUAUCGACACUACACUACACUCCCUUCAUCGUCCUACGAUUUGUAGAUGUCUUUUUUGUUUUGAUACGGUGGCGACAUCGACAGCGACCAGAGUGAUUUAUCGAAGGCGUUAAUGGUUACGGAUUUUUUUCCGUUUCCAUCUGUAUGUAUUACUCUACUGUCCAGCCUUGUAUUAUGCUUAUAUUGUAUUGUUGUUAUUAAUGGAAGAAGGACGCGAAGAGAGAUACUACGAAUAGCAGGUAAAUAGUAUAUGGUGGCGGUGGCGGCGUCAGCCACGAUGACGAGAUUCGAUACCUGGUAGAGUAUCCAGUGUCUUGGGAGUGUUGCGAGUGUGCGUAUGCGAAGCAGGCAGGAAUUUCGUAUUAUGCAACAUUCGUUUUUUCUUUCUUUUCGUUCCACAUUGUAUAGUAUACUGCGUCGUGGUAAAAACCGACGAGCUGGCGAACGAGUUGAAAUGGAGAAUUGAGAAGGUUAAAGAAGAGGAAGAAGGUGAACAAAUGAGUGAGUGAGAGUGACAGGCUUGAAGGGUGGUUUAUGUGUAAAGUUCUGUUGAGGAAUCGUUUCAAGAAAGUCGAGCUUUCAAUUUUGGGCUCGUGGUUUUCCAGAAAAAUCAAUUUUUCGAUGAAAGUUUUAGGAUCUGUGGAAAAAAUUGAAGAGAAGCUGCAUUGUAGAGAAUACAAUUUCGAAACAAUUUAGUUGAGAAUCUGUUCUGGUGCAUCUUACAUGCACCAGUAUACUUAAGUGAGUUGACCUACCAAUGCAUACGUUAUGGAGCAAUAUGUGUGAUACACUGUGUCGUCGCUGUCGUAACCCUUUAUAGUAGGUAAAAAGCGAAGAAAAAAUAGAGAAAAGGGAAAAAAAUUCAUAACACGAACCAGUCUUCUAGGUUUGUCUUCGCGAACGAGAUACGCAAUAGGAGGAUGAGAGCGAAUGUUAAACCCUAGACAAGGAAGAUGGAAGGCAUUCGUUUAGAUUUGGAAAUACACUCUCGGUAACUGCAGCAGAAGAUGAUCAUUUUAGUCGUAUUUUUUGCCCGCUGCUGCCUCUUCUUCUUCUUGUUGGUGUUUUUGAACCGAUCAUUAAAAUUAGUCUCGAUUUCGUGACCAGUUGAAUGUGGCGUGAUGAGGAUCUAAAUAAGCGCGUUUAUGUGUGCAUGUGUAGGUUAGGUACGAUACGUGUGGUGUAAUGGGCCGAUAAUGGUGGUAAAUGGCGAACGGAGUUGAGAGAGAUUAUAUUAUUAAGUGGAAUAGCACGCGGAUGAUUUGAAGAGAAGGACGAGCCGGUUGUUACAGAAUAUUGAGGUGGUUUGGCGAUUCGCAUGAUUGCGUCGGGUUUAAAUCUGCUGCGACUCUCGAGUCGAGUUCACGGGGGGAGAAAAGAGUUGCACGAAAUGUAUUUUCACUUUUAUUUGGAUGCGAUUUGAGAAGUAGAAGAGAAGAUUAGUGGUGUUGAUGUGGUUCACAUUUUGACUGACAAUUUGAUCAAGUCGACUUGAGUGGUGGAGUGGGUCUCUGAAUCAUCUUGAGGGUUCGUUGAGAAAAGCCAGUUGUGGUAAUUUGGGUAAGAGAGGAUGGUACUCGUACGUUGAGGAGUAAGAUGGAUUAUGGUAUAGAUUUCAGAAUAAUUCAGGAACAGUAUGCUUGAAAUUUGUUCGGAUUUGUUUUUGAGUGAGAAAUUAGCGAUUCUUUAGAGUUCCACCGUUAUUCUGUAGUCAGUUGAAAUGAAAGUUCUUAAUGAAUUCAAAUCGAGAGCAUGUGAGAAUGCUCUUUUUAGUUUGAAAAUCAGCUAAGCUGAUUAAAAUUUCAGCGGUCCAAAUUGAUUUUUCCGGAUUUUUAUAAAUUCAAAAUUAACCAUUUGUGGCAAUUUUUGCUGUUAAAAAAAAGUAUGUUCUGGCUGAUUUAUUCAGUACAAAUGUUGAAAAUUAGCCCUGAGAGUAAUAUCAACCCCCCCCCCCCCAAAGGAGCCGAAUUCAACAUUUUCAGUCAUUCUGGAGCAUCUAGCGCGAUCUUAAAUUUCUCCCGUACCAUUAAAAAUAUGUUGGUCGAAAAAACAUAUCCGCAGAGUCCUCCUGGAAAUUCGCUCUAAUGUGAACAAACUCUUAAACUAGUCAUGAAUAAGUCGUAAUUCGAUUUUUAGCUCCUCAAAUUAAUUUUCACGCUUUCUGGAGAAAUCAAAAAUCGCGCUGGAAGCUCCAGAAUGGCGCGAAAUAGUGUAAUUUGGUGUUUUUUGAUGGGAGAGGGGGGGGGGAUAACUGGUCGAAAAUGAACCAUAGCUUGAUUUUUUUUAGGCAUUCAAAUUUAUUUUCAGUUCUCUAAAGAAAUAGAAAAUAAUUCCGGAGGCUCCAGAAUUGUUCAAAAUAAUGAAAUUCGAAUUCAGAGGGUUGGUUUUGGGGAAGAUGCAGCCGAUCAUACAAAUUUUGAAAAUUUUCUCAUCGAACAAGAAAUUUGUGGAUUUAAAAAUUUUUUUCAGCUGCCCAAAUUAAUUCCAACGUAUUUUGGAGAAAUAUAAAAUCUCGCUGGAGGUUCCAGAAUGGUUUGAAAUUGUGAACUUUGGAUUUGGUGGGGGGGAGGGUGGUUUCGAGAUAUUAUGCAGCCAUCGUGCAAGUUAUUAAAAUUCCCACACGAAUAAAACAUUUUUGAUUUUUCGAAUUCCUCCCCCCCCCCUCCCCUAAUUGAUCCAAAAAGUGCACUCGAAGUAUGCUCUUGGAAAUCGACUCAAAAAAAUAUGAAUUAACUCGUUAAAUAGGCCGAGAAAGAGCCACAACCCGAUUUUCAGCUGCCUGGCUCGAUUUUCGCACCUUCUGGAGAAAUUGGAAAUUGCGCUGGAGACUCCAGAAUUGUUUAAAAUAUUGUUACAAAAUGCCCAUUUUCUGGAAAAUUUCAUAGUUUUGCUUCAUUAGGAUGAUUUUUUCCAAACGUUCAUUGAAAAUUUAGAUUUAGAUAUUUGAAAAAUUCCAAAAUCGAAGUCUUUGAAGUUUUUUCAUGUUUGAAAUUUGUUUUAUUUUUUUUUAAAGCGUAAUGUAUAAAUAUUGGUUCUUGUUUUUCUUCUUCAUGCACCUAAUAAAACAUAAUAACUCAAAGUUUUUGCAAGUUGAAAUUUUUUUUAAAUUAAAAAAGUUAUUAAUUAAAAUUUAGCUGUUUUUUAUUAUCCAACCAAAGAAGUAUUUAGUUUGAAAAGAAAAGUGAGAAAAAAUCCCCCCCCCCCCGAAACUUAUUUAAUGAAAGUAUGAGGAGAUUAUAGAAAAUUGGAAAAAUUGUUUGGAAAAGUCGGGGAAAAUUACUUGCCAAAAAAAUGAACACCCAGUGUAAUUUAUUUUCAAGCAAUUUUCAUCGUUUUUACUGCAUAUUGGAAAAAAAUUGGUCAGUUUUGAAUUUUCAAAAAUUCGCUUAAAAUCGACGAAUCAAUUCGGGCGACAGAAAUCUUUGUUUUAGGGUUUCAAGCCAUGCUCUUUUUCAACAUCUUGGUCCUGUUUAAAUUGGAGGUGGGCACGUCGAAAGUUUCCCUUGCUACUCUCUAAAUUUGAAACAGUCAUUUUCAUUACUGUUUUAUUCAGUUAAUCUGAUUUUUUUUUCAAAUUACUGCAUAACAGUGAUUUUUACUGGUUUCAACAGUCAAAUCCAAUCAUUUAACUGUUGAAAGCAGUAUUUGACUAGAGCCCUAUUCAACUGUUUUUUUCAGUAAAAUAACAAUUACUGAUAAAAACAGUAGUUUUUUUGAAAUUACUGUUUUUAUCAGUGGUUUUGAAUUCAAACUACUGUAUUAGGCAGUAACAUUGACAAAUUUACUGUUUAUAGCAGUAAGUUUUACUGUUUAUAGCAGUAGGUUUUACUGUUUAUGGCAGUAAACAUCUUAUGACUUACUGUUUGAGCCAGUACCUACUUUGCGCCAUUUUCUUUUAAGAUUUUUGAGCAAUAGUGGUUUCUCUGAAUAAAUGUGUUUGGUGAAGGUGUUAAUUUGAGUAAACGUUGUAUUUUGUAAAAAAUGAAUCAACUGAAUCCAGAUUUCAAGCAUUACCUAAGCGGAAAUGGCAUCAAUGAAGCAGUAAUCGAUGUUUUGAUCGUGUUCUGCUGUCCUAAAGUUGGUAAAAACUGAAACUCGUACCUACUCUUCGUGCUGUUCCUGUCACUGUACAUAGACAAACUGAAAAAUGCUGCCAUUGCGUUGCUUCUCUUGUCAGCAGUAUUGCAAUGGAAUAAAGGAGUGGACAUCACAUUUAAAAUACUACCACGGAUAUUAUCUCACUAAAAAUAUCGAAAACGGAUUCCCUUGCACCUACGAUCGAUGCAACAAGAGUUUUGCUCUCUUUAAAACGCUUCGUCAGCACAUUGAGUCAACUCAUGCGAAUACGACACCAUUUACCAGUGUGCCUACAUGUUCGACUGAUGCUGAUACAAGUGAUACUGAUCAGUAUGAAAAUUCCAAUUCAACAUCGCAUGAACGAAAUUACGUAACUUCCGAAGAUUUUUUACCAUUCAAUUUGCAAGACAACUCAGAAGAUUUGAAUUCCUCAUUACGUCUGUACCUAGUGAAAAUGGUGGUCAACUUACAGUGCAAAUCUUCAAUGACGACGUCUUCAGUAUGUUUUGUCAUUAAUCAUCUUCAAAAAAUCUUGACCGAUGUAUCUGUCUUUUGGAAGCAUCAUUUAACAACUUUUCUGGAAAAUAAUGGGAUUGAAAAAGAUUCCCCAGAUGUUUCAGAACUACUGAAAAAAUUCGAUUUGAACGAUGCGUUUACAAAUUUGGAUACUUUGGAUGGCCAGAUUGAUGCUUUUCGUGAAAACUGCUCUUAUGUCAACCCACAGGAAAUCCCUCUGGGCACACGUAUCGAUCAGCGUUUAGAUAGAUCUUCAAACGAAUUUUUACCCAAAACAAUCAACGAAACUUUUCAAUACGUGCCUGUUGUUGAUGUUUUGAAGUUGGUUUUGCAGAGCCAAGAAAUUAAAGAUGCCAUUUUGACAGAAAAAAAAUCUGAAGAUGGUACUUUUCGAUCUUUUAGAGACGGUAAAAGUUUUGAUUCAAAUCCAUUUUUCCAGAAAUUUCCCAAUGCGAUUCGUUUGCAAUUAUAUUACGAUGAACUGGAAAUUGUGAACCCUUUGGCCUCUAAAAAAGGAGUGCAUAAAAUCGGAGCUUUCUACUAUACCAUUCAAAAUCUCCCUUCGUAUAUCAAUUCUCAGCUGAAUAACAUCCACGUUUUAGCUUUAUGCUAUUAUGAAGACGUGCGUAAAUAUGGAUUCAAGCAGAUCCUCCGGCCAUUUCUACAGGAGCUGAAGAGUUUGGAGAGUGAUGAAGGAAUUGUAAUUCAACUAAAUACUGAUGAAAAUUAUGUUCUUAGAGCAAGUCUUGCAUCUUUUUGUGGUGAUGGCUUGGCAGUGCACGACUUAUUCGGAUUACUUAGCCCAUCCGCAAAUAUGUUUUGUAGACUGUGUUUAAUAAGUCGAACCGAUUUACUUAAUGGGCAGCUAGAACCUCAAGAACCUAGAACCAAAGCAAUCUAUGAUGAACAUUUGGCUCUGAUUCAAAGUAACAACACUCAAGAUGUGAGAUCCCAGACAGGUGUAAAAGCAGAAAGUCCACUGAACGAAUUAAAAUAUUUUCAUGUUGCUGAUAAUAUGAUUUUCGAUCCCAUGCACGAUAUUCUUUGUGGAAUUGGUCCUAUGGUGCUGAAACUAGUAAUUCGUCACUACGUGUAUGAAUCCCAUUUCUUUCAAUUGGAUGAUUUAAAUGAGCGAAUUUCAUCAUUCCAUUACGGUAUUUUAGAAAUGAAAAACAAGCCAUCUGCCAAUUUGAUCGAAUCAAACAUCCGAAGCACUAAAGAGCAUGCACUGAGUCAGAGGGCAAUGCAAACAUGGUGCUUGUUGCGGACUUUUCCAUUUCUAAUCGCUGACAAAAUACCAAACCCAGAUGAUGAACAUAUGCAUCUAAUCGUUCUUCUAUUACGAAUUAUGGAAUUGGUAUUUUCACCAAUGAUCACCAAGAAUCUUCUGGCUUAUUUGGACGCGCUAAUUAUUGACUUCAUUUCGUUGUAUCGCAAUUUAUUUCCAAACGUUCCCUGCAUAAAUAAAUGUCAUCAUCUAACUCACUAUCCGAUGUGCAUAGAAUGGUCAGGUCCUCUGUCCAACAUGUGGUGUAUGCGUUUUGAAGCAAAACAUGGUCAAGUAAAGAAACGUGCUCAAGUUGUCUGCAAUUUUAAAAACGCUCCAAAAACUCUUAUUCGAAUUGGUCAAUGCACACAAUCCGCCAAAUGGGGAAGCAAAAAUGUGCCUUUACAUUACAUCAAAUUCGAGCAGUUGUGCACUAGACCAGUGAAUUCUACACUUAGCUGUCAUAAAUUACAAGAUUUGGGAUUUUCAUCAGACGGCAACGUUACGAUUACAAAUCAAAUUAAAAUAGAUGGCUGGUUAUUUCGAAUAGGUUUAUUUGUAGUCGUAAAUCUAUCAAACGAGGAAGAAUUGCCAGAAUUUGCAAAAAUCGAAGAGAUCGUGAUUCGUGACCAAUCAGAAAUUUAUGUUUAUGCUCAUGUUUGGAGAACUAUGCAUUUGGAUACGUUUUUCAAUGCAUACGCCAUCGUUAAUGACCAUCAAUCAAAUGCUGUUUUUCUACCAAUUCGAAACCUCAGAUAUAAAGCCUUAGAUACAUGGAGUGCUCCCAAUCACGACGAACAAUUCAUCAGUUUACGUCAUAUUUUAUUAUGACAUACGAUAGAUCAAGAAAUCGGAUGGCAAAAUUUCCCAGAGCUCUCUCAAGAUGAUUUACUUGGUAUCGGUAUCAAAAUGGGCUCAGCAAAAGCUCUACUAAAACUCAUCACUGAAUUCAACAAUAGUCCUCAAG